AUGUGCUGUCAACUGCUUUUUCUCCCACCUCCUCCAUCUCUUCCUUGUUGGUUGAUUCGCGCCUCAUCUUCUAAGAUUGACUUUGUGGUUUUGUAUAACUUUAUUAAUAGUUGUGAUACACUAUAUAGAUGUGCCCCUAAUGCUUUAUUAUAUUAUUUGUUUUCUACAUGUAAAAAAGCUUGUUUGCUGGCUGAAAUGACUACUACCGAAUUCAAACUAAAGCCGCUUCGAAUGUCCUUCUUUUCCUUUUUGACAUUUUUUGCUUUUUCACAAUACUUCUUUAACGUCCCAAGUAUUAUCUCGAAUAUUAUGUAA